AUAUAUAUAUAUUACGUAUAUAUAAAAGUAUCUAUUUCAAUUAGAAAUGGAGGAGAGUGGAGACAAUGUAAAUGAUUAUCGCUUACAAUAAAAAGAGCAAAUGUAUCAUAUUGGAGAAUGCUGAGUAUCAAUGUAUUUUAUAAUCUUAUUACGAGAUGCGAAUUUUGUGAAUGUGGAAAUCAUCAAAAUAUAUUCACUGAAUAUAAAUCGUUUCAAUUGGACGUUUUGACAUCUCACUUAUGAUAGAUUGCGCUGUAAUCAGAGUACUUAAAUGAUUAAUACACAUUUCUCAAAAUAUAUAUUCAACACUGUGUCGCAUGUUCCUGAUUGCAAGUUACUAAAUAUUUAAUUAAUAGAAUAGUCAAAAAGUUUUUUUAUAUAAAGAUGGGUCAACAUGUUUCAAGAACUGAUUUUGAAUGGGUUUAUACUGAGGAACCACAUGCUUCACGGCGUAAAAUAAUUUUAGAAAAAUAUCCACAAAUAAAAAAAUUAUUUGGAUAUGAUCCAAAGUUUAAAUGGGUGGUAACGGGGAUGGUUUUAACUCAGUUUAUUUCUAUGUUUUUUGUGAAAGAUUUAAGUUAUCCAAUGUUGUUUCUUUUAGCAUAUUGUUUUGGAGGUGUAAUUAAUCAUUCUCUUAUGUUAGCAAUACAUGAAAUAGCACAUAAUCUUGCAUUUGGACAUGCUAAACCCAGAGCUAAUAGAUUAUUUGGAUAUUUUGCUAAUUUACCUAUAGGCAUACCAGUAUCAGUUAGUUUUAAAAAAUAUCAUCUUAUACAUCAUCGUUAUCAAGGAGAUGAGAAAUUAGAUACAGAUUUACCAACAUUACUAGAAGCAAAAUUAUUUUGUACAACAUUUGGAAAAUUCUGUUGGUUAUGCCUACAGCCAUUUUUUUAUGCAUUUAGACCUCUUGUUGUUUAUCCAUUGGCACCUACAUUAAUGGAAUAUAUAAAUUUAGUAAUACAACUUAGUUUUGAUGGAUUGAUAUGGUAUUUUUUUGGUGGAAAAGUCUUAGUUUAUUUAUUAUGUGGAUCAGCAAUGGCAAUGGGAUUGCAUCCUGUUGCUGGACAUUUUAUAUCAGAACAUUAUAUGUAUAGAAAAGGUUUUGAAACAUAUAGUUAUUAUGGUCCAUUAAAUUGGAUUACAUUUAAUGUUGGAUACCACAAUGAACAUCAUGAUUUUCCUGCUGUUCCUGGUUCAAGAUUACCAGAAGUAAAACGAAUAGCUUCCGAAUUUUACGAUAACUUACCACAACAUAACUCUUGGGUUUCUGUUUUAUAUGAUUUCGUUAUGGAUCCUGAUAUAGGCCCAUAUGCGAGAACCAAACGAAAGCAUAGGGGACUCACUUCAUAAAAAAUUUAGAUAAUUUUAGCAAGUAAUAUUGUGAUUAGCAUCUGAAGCUUAAUAUUACACAAAUUAAAAAAUAUUCUUAUUAAUUUAUUAUGUUAUAUAAAUUAAAUAUUAGUAAAAGAACACAUUAUAUUAUUAGUAACACAUUUUAAAGAAGUAUUAAAGUUUUUUAGCUUUUUCUCAUGUUUGGAGUAUUUAUGAAAUUAUAAAUACGUAAGUAAGUGGAAGAUGCUAAACUGUGAACAAUUUUCUAUUUUCUAGUGUCUGUGAAUAACUGUACUAAAGUUGUAAUAAAGAAUACUGAAUAU